AUGGCGUCUCUCCUCCUCUUCCUUCUGUCUUCCCUGCAAGCUUCCCAUAGUUGCGUCAAUGGCUUCUCACUGGAGCUCAUUCCUCCCUUCUCCCCAGAAUCACCUCUUUUCAAAAUCACAAAGCGGAGGGGAGAGCAAAUAUCAUCCCAUGCAAGCAUCGGCUCCGUAGCUCCUCCUCUUUCAUCAGAACCUUCCAUUAAUGCUUCACACGUCGUUACUCCUCCCAUUCAACAACUAUUCGAAUCAUCAUUCGUUGUUCAAGUUGGUCUCGGAACGUUCGACGUAAAAUCUCCUUCUGCGUCGUCUCGAAAAUCCUACUACUUCAUCCUGGACACCGGAAGUUCCCUUACCUGGACUCAGUGCGAGGAUUGCAAGCUUCCAGGUAAUUCCUGUUAUAGACAGAAGGAACAAGUGUUCCCAAACUACAAGUCCAAAUCCUAUGACCCUCUGCCAUGCAACAAACACCCACUUUGCAAGCCAAACAAGUGCAUCGGAAACCACUGUUCCUACUCCGUCAAGUACGUCGACGGAGCCUAUUCCUCCGGCAUUCUCGCCAAAGAGACAUUCUCUUUCCCCUCCACUUCAACCUCCCAAACAGAGGCCGUCCCAGGCGUGGUUUUCGGAUGCGGGAUCAAGAACACAGACCCCAAGGAAAGUGCAGACUACGAUAUUGCCGGCGUGUUUGGUUUAGGCCAGGGAGAUCGUUCCUUCGUGAAGCAAAUACAAAAACACAGCGAUGGGAAAUUCUCCUACUGUCUCACAAACAUCAUGCAGACUCAUAAUCAGAAUCCCCCUCCAAGAAUGUAUUUGAGGUUCGGAGCUGACAUAAAGCCGCCAACAGAUCCGCGGACAAUCAAUUUCUUCAAGAACGGAAGAUACGAGGCGUACUUUGUGAGGUUACUUGACCUCGGAGUUAACGGAGAACCGCUUGGUAUUGAUCCAAGGGUGUUCCAAGUGGGAGCUGACGGGAAGGGAGGGUGCGUGGUGGAUUCAGGCUCGUCACAUUCCUACGUGAUAGAAGAAGCGUACAAAAUGUUGGAGCGGAAGAUGAAGCAGUACUUUUCAAGGCUGCCGGAAUUCGAAAGGUACAGAGGAGGGGAAGGGAAAGUGUGCUACAGGAGGAGGAAUGUGGAAGGAUUCAGCAAGAUACCAGGCGUGAACUGGUAUUUCGAAGGCGCGAGGAUGGACGUGAGCGGUGAAGGAACGUUCAGGAGAGAAGAAAGAGGAGGGAAAGAGGUGUUCUGUAUGAUGAUAGAGGCAGAUCAAAGCAUGACAACGUUGGGUGCGUUUCAGCAAGUGAAUCAUAAGUUCGUAUUCGAUACUCUCUCCAACAAGCUGCAUUUUGGCCCCCAAGACUGUGCCACUAAUGGCUGA